ACUUAGUGUGAAAAAUGUGUUUCAAGUGUGUUCUGCUGCUUUUGACAACCACUCUAGUGGCUGCCCACCUGGAGCCGGCUUUAAAUGGAUCCUUUACGAGCAAUCGCAUUAUUGGUGGCUCGAAUGAAGUCAUCGAGAACGCACCCUGGCAGAUCUCGCUGCAAUUUCUUGGGAGGCACGUCUGCGGGGGUUCCAUCUACAGCGAAGAAAUCAUUGUAACUGCUGCACAUUGUGUUUCAGGUAGGGCCCAUACGGAUUUAAGAGUCCGGGUUGGUUCUACUUACCAUAACUCGGGUGGCACUUUGGUCGGGGUAGCCAGAACUCUCAGUCAUGAACGCUUUAACCAACCACCAUAUGCAAAUGAUAUAGCCGUAAUACGCCUAAGUACGCCCCUCACUUUCGGAAGAAGCGUGCAGCCCAUUGCCCUGGCUAGGACAACUCCUGGCAGAAAAACUUCCGCAACAGUAACCGGUUGGGGAUUCCGUAAAAAGCUGCCCGUGUCACCAACGCAAUUGCAAAGCGUGAAACUUCGAAUUAUGAGCCACAAACUAUGCUGGAAAAUAAACUUUGGGAUAAUAACUAAUGAUAUGGUCUGCGCCUUUGAUUGGAAGAAAGGCGCUUGCAAUGGUGACUCUGGUGGUCCGCUAGUUGUCAAUAGAGAACUUGUGGGCGUUGUUUCUUUUGGAAAGUUUAUGUGCUUUGGUCCCACUGUUUUUGCCAAUGUGGCUGUGCAACACGAUUGGAUUUUAGAGGCGGUCAAAGUGAUUUCAAAACAAGAUUCAACCGCGAUACCUUCAACAAGGCCAACAACAACAGAGUCUUCUACAACAACUACUACGAAAGGGCCGUCAACUACUACUGCUACUACGAAAGAGCCUACUACUACUACUACUACUACUACUUCUACUACUACUACUACUACGGAAACACCUUCAACUACUCCUAAGACAGAACCUUUAACUAAAACUACUCCUAUGGCAACUCCAUUACCUACAGGCUUAUCUGUUACUACUGCUACAGAGGAUGUUACAGAAUCAUCUACUAUUACGACAACUUUAACAUCAUUAACAACAGAAACAACGACCGUCAAAGUUUCUCAUCAGGAAGAAUAGCACUAUUGGGAAUCAAAAUAUGAUGGACAUGUAUCUUACCGAAUAGAGCAAAAAUUUGAAAGAUAAUAUGUACAAAAUGAUAAAACAAAAAUAAACUAAUCACAUAUA